AUGGCCAAGGAGGCUGGCGGGCCGAAUCCACGGCUUCCGUUUCUCAUCAUGACCAGUCCGAUGACGCAUGCGCAGACGGUCAGCUUCUUUGAAGAGAACAACUACUUCGGGGCAUCGAAGGAAGAAGUAUGGUUCUUCGAGCAGGGCACCAUGCCAUGUCUGUCUCCGGAUGGAAAGAUCAUUCUCGAGUCGGCAGGCACGGUGGCCUCGAAUCCUGAUGGCAACGGUGGUCUUUAUCCGGCGCUCCAACGAAGCGGCUGCCUGGGUCGGCUCCAAUCCCUCGGGGUGAAGAGUUUGCAUGUCUUCUCCGUGGACAAUCCUCUGUGCCGGCCUGCCGACCCGUGCUUCGUCGGGUACUGCCUCGCCCGGAACGCUGACUGUGGAAACAAAUGUGUUUGGAAGGCAAGUCCGGAGGAGAAGGUUGGUGUCGUGGCCAAGAAGGGCGGGCGGCCGAGUGUGGUGGAGUAUAGUGAGCUGGACGAUGCGCGCAAGAAUCAGCUUGACGGUACUGGAAGAUUGGCUUUCGGAGCCGGGAAUAUCUGCAAUCAUUUCUUCUCGAUGGACUUUUUGACGAAUGUCGUUGUCCCGAACAUGGCGGCCAUGUUCCAUCUCGCGCACAAGAAGAUUCCCUGCGCCGGGGAAGAUGGCAAGACCAUGAAGCCGGACAGCAACAAUGGCCUGAAACUGGAGGCAUUUGUCUUCGACGUGUUUCCAAUGAGCAGCAAGAUGGCGAUCUUGGAGACCAAGCGGGAGGAGGAGUUUGCUCCGGUAAAAAAUGCCCCGGGAACUCCCAGCGACAGUCCGGACAGCGCCCGCGCCAUGGUCAGCGCGCUGUGCCGCAGUUGGAUAGAGCAGGCCGGUGGAAAGCUGGAGGGCAACAAGGACGAGAUUGUCGAGGUUUCGCCCUUGCUGUCUUAUGCGGGGGAGGGUUUGGCGGACCGUGUGAGUGGCCAGACUUUUCCGGUGCCGUGCCACUUGGAGUGA